AUGUCGACUCUACACAAUGUUGCUAUCAUCGGUGCUGGCCUUUCUGGUCUGGCACUAGCUCUUGCUCUCCAUCGCCGGUCUAUCCCAUGUACAAUUUACGAGGCCCGAUUUGCGCCGCUAGAUAUUGGAGGCGCGAUUAUGCUGUCUCCCAAUUCACUCCGCAUCCUUGAUAGCCUCGGAGCAUAUCAACGUAUUCGACCGGAGGCAUACGAGUUCGAUAACUUAUAUUUUCGCUCUCCUGAUGACGAGCUGAUCGACACAUACGAGUUUGGACACGAGAGGUACGGCUACCACGGCCUGCGGGUCUACCGGCAUGUCCUCAUCAGGGUGCUCUCAGCACUGGCCGCAGAGGCGAACAUCCCAGUUCAGUACAAUAGGAAGUUUCUUGAGGUGAUUUCUGAGACAGAGUCAGAUGUAACCUGGCGGUUUGAUGACGGCACUACAGCGUCAGCAACCUGUCUGGUGGGCGCUGAUGGGAUCCAUUCGAGAGUCCGAAAAUACCUGUACCCGGAUUUGGAACCGAAAUUCACAAACACAGUGGGAGUGACAGCUGCAGUUCCAGCUAGUCAAUUGAUGGCCCCCGAUGGGUAUGAAAUGCCGGUUACCAUUAUGAACAAGACGCACUGUGCCUUUGUGAUUGCGCCACAGCUGAGUGAUGGGUCUGAGGUCCUGAUCGGGAGACAGAAGCGUGCUCCGCAACUGGAUCGACAGGGCUGGGAUCGACUUCUGCGAGAUAAGCAGUGGUGUGUGGAUUUCUUGCGAGACGGAGCCGGUGAUUUCCCGGUGAUUGUGCAGCGCGCGGUGUGGCAGACCACCCCGGAUAAGAUUAACUUAUGGCCAUUUUACGUUGUUCCUAAGCUAGACCGAUGGAUUUCGCACUACUGCCGAGUAAUCAUCCUGGGCGAUGCAGCACAUGCUAUCCCUCCCAGUGCGGGGCAGGGGAUCAACCAGGCUUUCGAAGAUGUCUAUACGUUCUCGCUGAUCGUGGCUGGGGGGAGAAAUGACAUCUCCCUGGAGCAGGGCUUGAAGGUGUGGCAGCAAGGACGGCAAGAGCGAGUCGACAAGGUGCUGCAGCUCAACGAACAGAUUGAUAGACGCCGAAUGCCGAAGCAAAGUGAAGAUGAGCAGUCGGACGCCCACCAAGCUUUUGACUUGGACUGGCUGUAUAGACCAGAUUUUGACGCGAUGGUGGAGGAAUGGCUCCAGAUGCCCAACCCGGCGCUUGGCUGGUCAAGUACCUAG